AGAGGCGCCCCUGCCCGGCCCUGCCCCGCUGCCUCCGCGCGCGGUGCGCGGCGCGCGCGGCGCCCACGGCGCGCGGCUGGGAUGGCGGUCAGCGAUCCGCUCAGCCUGCUGCUCGGCAAGAAGAAGGAGGAGCUGAGCUCGAAGCCGCCCGCGCCGGCGGUGUCGCAGGCGCUGGCUCCGCCGCGGGUCCGCCUCGACGACGUCGCGCUGUCGCUCGGCGGAGCCAGGGACGGCGGUGCCGAUGGCGGCGGGCUGUUCGGCCGCCCCGCGGCGGAGGCGCCGCCGCUGGCCAGCGGAGGCCUCUUCGGCGCUCCGGACAGGCCGGC